AUAUAACUGACCGCAACAUUCGUCAAGACAAACGACUUGACUCAGAUAUUGGACGGGGAAGACUUUUACUCCGAAGUCUUUUAAAACACAAAAUGCUCAGUUGUCCUAUAACCGUUUGCCGGCAGCAUCCCGAAUUGCUAGUUGGCCAUUAUUGUGAUGACUCCAUAAUAGGAAAUGAAAUUUUGCUUGAAAUCUUUUCGUCCUUGAUAGCAGAAUUAGAUCGACUUAGCAUUUCCUUGGAUUUAGAAAAUGUCGAUUUUCUUGACAAGAGUCUUCGGGUACCCCUUUUUAGGAAAUAUGAGUUUGUUCCAUGCAGGGAGUUAGGUCUAGCUGUACGCUCUAUAGAUGGACAUAUGGUAGUUGAUGACCUUGAUCCAGAAGGAGUCAGUGCUGAGGAUGGCCGAAUUGAAAUCGGUGAUGUUAUUACCAGUCUCUUUAGACGUCCUCUUCGCCGACAGCCGAUCAACAUACGCAGCCUUCUUUCACUCUUUGAUGGUAAACCGGUUUUAGCUGAUGUGAUAAAGGCGCGACAACCUGAUGGCUCGCUUUAUCAACCAAUUUUUAACAUGCUCAAGGAGAACAGAUGCAUGGAUCUUUUACAACGAUCAUCUGCCACUUCUUCUCAUUCCUCUGUCAAGAGGGGUACAGAAAAUCGUGUUGAUAACCCAAAAAAGGCACAAUUGGCCUAUAUUGGCAAUAUUAAUGUCGGCAGCAACGGAGGUAUAGGGAGACUUGAAUGGGCCAUCCUUCGAAUGUUGGAUCAAUGUCCUGACAAGGCUGAAUAUCUACCCGUCUCUCUAACAUCUGGUGAACUCGGUUUGACUAUACGGGAGAUCUCACCCGACUCAGAUGAGGCAUCUCAAAAUAACCCUCCUUUGCUCAAACAUUCCUUCCCUCAGAUAUCAGCUGUUGGUCGACGUCUCGAGUCGCCACUUUGUCUAGCCUACAUUGCUGGCGACACGACGUGCACUUUGUCGAAACGAUUUACCUGUCAUAUCUUUAAAGCUGAAUCUAGUCAGUAUGCCCAAGAAUUGGUCGAGACCAUUGCACAGGGCUUUACGCGAACACAUUGGGCUCUCUGA